CUUGCCAGCCAGACACACAGAGCGCAAGCAGCUGAGACACUUCUCUUUGACCACAGAAUGGAAAUGUAUGAUAACGACAAGUACUUCUACAGCGAUGACAAUGACACUGACAUGCUGUACAAUUACAACUACAAUCAAACCAACCUUGGGGAGCACUCCAACUCCAGUCUUCCCCAUUCUCACAUCUACCUGCCACUACUUUAUUUCUUCAUGUUUUUCACAGGCUUCCUGGGAAACCUCUUUGUGAUCAUGGUCAUGGGAAGUAGGGGGAAGAGGGGUGGGCGUCUGGUGGAUACAUUUGUGGUUAACCUGGCGCUGGCGGACCUGGUGUUUGUCCUCACCCUCCCACUGUGGGCCGUCUCCUCCAGACAGGAGGGACAAUGGCCUUUUGGGAACCUCCUCUGCAAACUCAGCAGCUACAUCAUCUCCGUCAACCGCUUCUCCAACAUCUUCUUCCUGACCUGUAUGAGCGUGGACCGUUACCUGGCCGUGGUGCGCCUCAUGGACUCCCGCUUCCUCCGCAGCAGCCAGUGUGUGCGUUUCACCUGCACCAUGGUCUGGCUGCUAUCCCUGGCUCUGGGUACCCCCUCCCUGGUGUACCGUAGCGUACGUACCCCCAACGGUGAGCCCUUCUGCCUGGAGGACAAAGAGUCAUCCUUCUUCCUGGGUCUGAGCCUGACCACCGUUUUCCUGACCUUCGCCCUGCCAGUGUUCAUCAUCCUCCUCUGCUACAGCUCCCUCCUGGCCCGCCUGCGCCGACACUGUGUUGCCGCCGGCAACCCCCGUGCGGAAGCCCGCCGCCGCCACUCUCUCAAAAUGGUCUUCACCAUCAUUGUGGCCUUCAUGGUGUCUUGGCUUCCCUUCAACAUCUUCAAGACCCUCCUAAUUGGUUUCAGGCUGUCUGGGGCCGAUCUGAGCAAUGAGACCCAGUCUGUCCUGAGUCAGGGCCUCACUCUCUCCUGCUGCUUGGCCUUCCUCAACAGCUGCUUGAACCCGGCCAUCUACCUGCUCCUGGACCACCACUUCAGACGGCAGGCGGAAAGACUGUUCCUGAGCUGCGUGCGGAAGCGUGGGCUGCACCAGGGCUAUGCCUCGUCCACAGACUUCUCCUACAACGGCACCUCAGAGAGCUGUGGCACAACAUCCUCCAGAACUCGUUUACAGUCGUUCGACCAGAAAGUCUGAUAGCAGGGUUCUGCACAUUUUAUAGCAUUUUUGUAGUCCAAAGCCCUAAAGGUUGAGGUGAAUAAUUUUGUAUUAUGAUUUUAGGUGUUACUGUAUGUCAUUCAAAAGCUCAGUGAAAGCAUACACUAUAAUAUAUUUUAUGUAUAAAAGUUAUUUCAUUAUCAUUAAUAGUUUGAAUUGAUGUUUGCAUUUAUAUUACUUGUUUAUUUUUGCUUUCUUUUUUAACCGAACAACCAUAUUUUGAAUAUGAUUAAUUCACCAGUAGACUGUUUAUUAUGAUUGUUAACAUUCGUAAAUUCAUAGUAAUAUUAAAUAUCAAUUUGUUAACAGUAACAUUAAUUUGUUAGUGGUUCCUUUCUGCUGUAUGAAAACUAUUACAAUAAUAUUCUAAAUAUUAUAAAUUCUAAAUUGUUUUCCAUGUUCAUAUCAUUAGUAAGAUGACAUAUUAAGCAUUAUAAAUACAAAAAAUGGGCAAUCAGCUGAAAACAAUCCAAAUGAGGUUAAUAUCAACUGUAGUGCUUUGAUUAGAUUUGUGUGUACUUUUUACAAUAAAGCAACACAGAAGAAUUAAAACAAAGCUAUAUUUUAGGCAUAUUGAAAGAAAGCAUAAUAAAAAAAGUAAGUAGUUCCUAUAACUUUAUUGUAUCGAAAUGCUUAUUUUUAUAACAUAACUUUACUAUUCAAAGCUUUUAUUGGCAUUACAUGUUCACGCUACAUAGUAACAUAUUGAGAAGUCAAAACACUUCUCAGUUUAUUUCUUCAGUGACUAGGUAACUCAUCAAAACAAACUUACCAAUCAAAAUAGAUCCAAAAGCUCAACAAUGUUUUCUCUGCUUCCUAAAAAUGAUUGGACUUGCACUCAAAUCAGUGGCAAACUGCUGUAUUUGCAAGUUAGAGUGCUGGUUGCUGACCAGUGGCAACAAAAUAACAUCCACUUUGAUUGAUAAAACAGAUUCUCUCAUAAAUGACACAAAAUGAAACUUCAUUGAGAUAAGAAGAGUUCUUCGCAUGGGAAUUUGUUAGCUGGUUAUAUGACUUGAAAGUUCAAAUGUUCAUUCAUGCCCACGUGUUUUUUCAGUUGCAUUUACACUAUGAAUCAUCCAGUUUCAAAUGGUUUUGAGAAACUUGGGUUAGAUGCCAGUCUGUGGGAACCCAAAGCAUAACUGUACUUCAGCCGAAGUUCCCUUCAGACGUGUGAAAAAACUGCAUUGGAGCCCAGACCUGACCUUCUGUUCCACUUAAUCAGAAUGAUGGCAGGUUGUUGAAAUGGACAAUUAACUUCACAGUUUAAUGCUUGCUAGUCAUGUCACUGAAAACUAUACUGAAUAAAA